GGCGGCCGCCGGCGGUCUCCCUGGUGCUGCCGCCGUCGCGGCCGCAGUUCCCGGAUGUAGCGGCGGCGCGGGGGGCCGGCGGUGGCUUGCCGCUCUGGCUGGCGGGCGAGCGGACUGCCGCGGCGCUGCGGGGGAUGAGUGCGUAGGUAGGAAGGAAACGAGGAGAAGAGUCGGCCGGAGACGCCAUCCCGUCGGCCCCUGUCGUCCCGGGCGCGUCCCCCGGUCCGUCGGAAGGGCUCCUCCUUCCUCCCGCCCUCCCCCGCUCACCGUCGCGUCAGGAUUGCCCCCCUCCCUCCCUCGCCGCACCGGCACUUGCGGCCCGUCUCCUCCCUCGCCGCGCCCGAGGCGGCCGUCCCCAUCGGGAUCCCCCUUCGCCACCUGCGGGCUGCGCGCCCCCCACUGCCGCCCCGGGGCCCGGGCCCGCGGGGCUUCGCCGGGAUGAGCAGCUCGCGGAACAACCGGGUGAUGGUGGAGGGAGUCGGAGCCCGGGUGGUCCGCGGCCCGGACUGGAAGUGGGGGAAGCAGGAUGGCGGCGAGGGCCAUGUGGGCACCGUCCGCAGCUUCGAGAGCCCCGAGGAGGUGGUCGUGGUAUGGGACAACGGCACCGCCGCCAACUAUCGCUGUUCCGGGGCCUACGACCUCCGCAUCCUCGACAGCGCGCCCACGGGUAUCAAGCAUGAUGGGACUAUGUGUGAUACUUGUCGACAGCAGCCCAUCAUUGGCAUCCGAUGGAAAUGUGCUGAAUGCACAAAUUAUGACUUGUGCACAGUUUGCUAUCAUGGGGACAAACAUCACUUGAGGCAUCGUUUUUACAGAAUUACCACACCAGGAAGUGAAAGGGUAUUGUUGGAGUCUCGCCGUAAAUCAAAGAAAAUUACAGCAAGAGGAAUCUUUGCAGGUGCCAGGGUGGUGCGAGGGGUUGACUGGCAAUGGGAAGAUCAAGAUGGUGGCAAUGGACGUAGAGGAAAGGUAACUGAAAUCCAAGAUUGGAGUGCCUCUAGUCCGCAUAGUGCAGCAUAUGUUCUUUGGGACAAUGGUGCUAAAAACCUCUACAGAGUUGGCUUUGAGGGCAUGUCUGACCUGAAAUGUGUCCAAGAUGCAAAAGGCGGCUCUUUCUACAGAGACCAUUGUCCUGUAUUAGGUGAACAAAAUGGUAACAGAAACCCUGGUGGACUGCAAAUAGGUGACCUUGUAAACAUUGAUCUUGAUUUGGAAAUUGUACAGUCUUUGCAGCAUGGUCAUGGAGGAUGGACCGAUGGCAUGUUUGAAACUUUAACAACAACUGGAACAGUUUGUGGCAUUGAUGAAGAUCAUGACAUUGUUGUACAAUAUCCAAGUGGCAACAGGUGGACAUUUAAUCCAGCUGUUCUCACCAAAGCUAACGUUGUCCGAAGUGGAGAUGCUGCUCAAGGUGCAGAAGGAGGUACUUCUCAAUUUCAAGUGGGUGACCUUGUUCAAGUAUGUUAUGACUUGGAGCGAAUCAAGCUUCUUCAGAGAGGUCAUGGAGAGUGGGCUGAAGCAAUGCUUCCAACUUUAGGUAAAGUUGGUCGAGUCCAGCAGAUCUAUUCAGACAGUGACUUAAAGGUAGAGGUUUGUGGGACAUCUUGGACCUAUAAUCCAGCAGCUGUCUCGAAGGUGGCAUCAGCGGGAUCUGCUAUAAGUAAUGCGUCUGGGGAGAGAUUGUCUCAACUACUGAAGAAAUUAUUUGAAACCCAGGAAUCUGGAGAUCUCAAUGAAGAGUUGGUUAAAGCUGCUGCCAAUGGAGAUGUUGCUAAAGUGGAAGACUUGCUAAAGAGACCAGAUGUAGAUGUGAAUGGACAAUGUGCUGGACACACAGCUAUGCAAGCUGCUAGUCAGAAUGGCCAUGUUGACAUUUUGAAGUUGCUUCUGAAACAGAAUGUGGAUGUAGAAGCAGAGGACAAAGAUGGAGACAGGGCUGUCCAUCAUGCAGCCUUUGGUGAUGAGGGUGCUGUGAUAGAAGUUUUGCACCGAGGCAGUGCAGAUUUGAAUGCCCGCAACAAACGCAGGCAGACUCCACUUCAUAUUGCCGUCAACAAGGGUCAUCUGCAAGUUGUGAAGACUUUACUGGACUUUGGCUGCCAUCCUAGUCUCCAGGAUUCUGAAGGUGACACUCCACUUCAUGAUGCAAUAAGUAAAAAGCGUGAUGACAUCCUUGCUGUAUUGUUAGAAGCUGGAGCAGAUGUUACUAUCACCAACAACAAUGGGUUUAAUGCUCUUCACCAUGCUGCACUAAGAGGAAACCCUAGUGCAAUGCGUGUGUUGCUGUCCAAGUUACCGCGACCAUGGAUUGUUGACGAGAAAAAAGAUGAUGGUUACACUGCCUUGCAUCUGGCAGCUCUCAAUAAUCAUGUGGAAGUGGCUGAACUUCUGGUGCAUCAGGGCAGUGCUAACCUGGAUAUCCAGAAUGUUAACCAGCAGACUGCUCUGCACCUUGCCGUUGAACGACAGCAUACACAAAUUGUUAGGCUCUUAGUCCGUGCAGGUGCUAAGCUGGAUAUUCAGGAUAAAGAUGGGGAUACUCCCCUGCAUGAAGCCCUGAGACACCACACCCUGUCACAGCUUCGCCAGCUCCAAGAUAUGCAAGAUGUGGGCAAGGUAGAUACUGCUUGGGAGCCAUCAAAGAACACAUUAAUAAUGGGACUUGGCACUCAGGGAGCAGAGAAGAAGAGUGCAGCAUCUAUUGCUUGCUUCCUGGCAGCCAACGGAGCUGACCUCAGCAUUCGUAAUAAGAAGGGUCAGUCUCCUCUCGAUCUCUGCCCUGAUCCUAGUCUCUGCAAAGCAUUGGCUAAAUGUCACAAAGAAAAAGUCAGUGGUCAGGUUGGUUCCAGAAGCCCAUCUAUGAUCAACAAUGAUUCUGAAACCUUAGAAGAAUGCAUGGUGUGUUCAGACAUGAAGAGAGAUACUCUGUUUGGCCCAUGUGGACACAUUGCCACGUGUUCUCUGUGCUCACCACGGGUGAAAAAAUGCCUCAUCUGUAAAGAACAAGUUCAGUCUAGAACAAAGAUAGAAGAAUGUGUAGUAUGUUCAGACAAAAAGGCGGCAGUGCUAUUCCAGCCUUGUGGUCAUAUGUGUGCCUGUGAGAAUUGUGCAAGCUUGAUGAAGAAGUGUGUGCAAUGUCGGGCAGUGGUUGAGCGACGAGUGCCUUUUGUAAUGUGUUGCGGAGGGAAAGGUACAGAAGAUAUCACUGAUGAUAUUUCAAGUGGAAACAUUCCAGUUUUACAGAAGGACAAAGACAACACCAACGUCAAUGCGGAUGUACAGAAGCUGCAGCAACAGUUACAAGACAUCAAGGAACAGACAAUGUGUCCUGUCUGUUUGGACCGUUUGAAGAAUAUGAUCUUUCUCUGUGGCCAUGGAACGUGUCAGCUUUGUGGAGACCGAAUGAGUGAAUGCCCUAUAUGCCGCAAGGCAAUUGAAAGAAGGAUCCUUUUGUAUUAAACAGUGGAAACAAUGUCUUGUCUUAGCUUAUGAAAUAGUAAGGACAUUUUGAAGACUGAAACCUCUGUAACUCUGAAAGGCAGUAAAGGGUUCUAAUGAAAACAUUUCUAUUACUGUAGCACAGGUUCAUUAGAUGAUAUUGAUUGAAGACUGUGAACACACCAAAUAAGAGAACAGUAUUUCAACAGUCAGCUUUUAGCUUUACUCUUAAAACACAUCUAAGCCUGAAGCUAACUUAAAGCAGUCUUUUUUUUUCUUUUUUUUUCUGUCAUCUUCCCCUUAAAGUUUAAAGGGACAAUCUUAUUUUUGUUUCAGUCAUGUUUUUUUAAUGUUUUUUACUGUAUGUAUUGGGUGUCCAGUGAUGUAAGGAGUUUUUUUAUGUUGUCAGUUAAUAUCAAAUAUAAACAUUUAGGAUUUUUUUUUGUUUAUGUUUUUCUGGAGAAUGUUGAUAUUUCCUGUGACAGUUAAUUCACAAUAAUUUCUGUCUUGAAAUGUACAAUAAUGCAAAAUCAAUACCAAUGUAUACACAUGGUAAUAAAUAUACUAUCCCAAUAAGAUCAGGCCUCAAAAUACAAUAUUAAAAUAAUUCUAGUUUUAUCAUGCCCUUUGUUGCUAAGGGUGAGUUGGGAAGGAAACAGUAAAAAAAAAAGUUUAGGAAGAUGAUGUCCCCAAAACUGAACUUCAGGCUAACUUAAAAUAGUUAACUUCUUAAUUCUACUAGCACUUAAUUUUGUAUGGAAUUGCUUUUAACUUAAAUUCAAAGGAAAACAUUUGAGAACUGAGUCAGUUAUCCAUUUGAGACAAAUGAAUUUGAUCAGUUGUAGAGGAACAUCUAUGUAUGUGGGGCCAUUUAAAAAGUCUGAAUCUAUGAAUUAGGAAAUAGUAGAGGUUUGCAAGAUUUCUUCUUGUAAAUAAUUUGGUCUCUAGGCAAAUGGUGUCAUCAGCAAAAGAGAAGAUAUAAUAUUGUUUAUUUAUCUAGGUUGUGUCUUAACGCCAGAACUUAACCUGUGAAUGUUACUGGGUAAUACUGCAAAUUAAGAUACUGCUGACAGAGCAAUGAAUUUUGUGAGCCGUGUCUAGGUGAAUUAAAAUUGGCUGGAGGAGUUAGCUGUCACUGAUGUGACAGUGGUGUUCCUGACGCUGAAAAGGCUGCUGUCAGGAACUACAGGCUAUUAAUGUUUUGAUAACAAGUACAUCCUUCCAUCUUUUCAGAUGGAAGAAGAUAGGCUGAUUUAAGGACGUCUUGUAGCUAAAAGGAAUGUGUGCUUAGUCCUAAGUGAUCUGACAAUUUUUACAGUGCGUAGUUUAUGUAGCCCUUAGCCAUUGUGCAGACUUCACUUGGAUGUGUGCUUGCAGAACAAGAAAGAAAUCGAUGCCGGAAUCACUUGGAUGAUUAAUCUUAUAGCUAAGAUUAAUUUCUCAUUUAAUUCUCAUUGCAUAUGUGAAAAAUGUGGGAAAAGGGAUAGUUCGGAGGAAGAUCCAAGUAGGGAUAAAGGCAUCAAAUUGUGAUCUCUUCAGAUAAAUCAGUUUCAGUCUUUUGAAGCUUAUGUUGAUGUGCCUGAAUUCUGCAAAUGUUGGCAAAAGUCUUAGAAGAGUGUUACUAGUAAAAUGUAAAGACAAAUGAACUUUGUAAGCAGUAAGGUUUAACCACUGAGUAUAGUUUUCCAGGAAACAACUACAGUGGUAUGUUAGAAAAAUGUAUGUAGAGUGGCGUUCAACAUAGCAAAGUGAUGUAACACACAGCCUUUCUAUAGCAAUCUUUAAUCUUGAUCCAGAUUUGCAAAUGUUCAUCAUUCUUUUCAGUAAUUUUUCAUUGGACACAAUCCCAAUCUAGAGUCAAUAUAGUAGUAUAGUUUAUUUUGUAUACUGGUAGUCAUCUGUUCUCAGAUAACCUGUGUAUCUAUGGUCUUGGCCAAAUGAAAUAGCCUUCCCUUUCUUGCUUCUUGAGUCCCUAUUCUAAAAUAUCUAAAUGUCAAUCAUCUUCUAAAGUUUUUAAUAUAAGACUUUUAAUUCAGUUCAGCAUUUCACCGUUUCCACUUAAAAGUAAUUUUAGUGUAGGAUGUGCCAUUUGACAAUCCAUUCUGAGUUUUAGCAUGUAAUAGUUCAGAUCUGUACCUCUCUUUCCUCUAGGUCUGGGUAGGCAAAUUUUGAAAUUCGUAUCCUAUUUAUUCUUCAAGGGGACCUGUAUAAACUGUUGUCAGCACAAAGACAGGGUGGAUUUCUUCUUGCUAAUAAGCCUUGGGUGUAGCAAUUGACACUUUCCUAAUUCUUUUUCUCUGGAACCAAGGCAGAAAAUGCUUUUAUUUUCAAAUUACUUGAAAAUGCUCCAAUUUAGCAGCAAUUUAAUAAUUCAGAUGAGGAAGAACUGAUCCAAAGCAUUCUGGGUGGAAAACUGGAGUUGAACAUUAAAUACUCCAUACCUGCAGGAGGCACAUACAGUAGCGUAGAUAGGUGAGUACUCUGUUAGGCUUGUAGUUCUCAACAGAGAAGCUGUAAGUUAUUUUAUAACACUCUGAUAUUUGGAUGCCAUCACAGUCCUGUGGAAAUAGAGACAAAGACUGAAGUAGUUUUUUGUAAUGUGGUCACACCAGAAGUUUCUGACUGCAUACAGCCUUGAGAUUGGAUUCAUUUGGUAAUGUUGUGAGCCAGUUGAAAUUACAAGUGUAUUAACUUGAUGCUUUUAUGGUGCCAUGAGAAACAGCUCUUAAUAACAGGUGAAAAAGCUGUACCUUGCAUGGGAAAGGCUACACAGUGCUUGCAUUUCAAAAAACUUGAGGAAAAAUGUUUGCAAAUCCAGUAUCACUUAAGGAAGCAGAUAUUUAGAUCCAUAUGCUGUCUUUGGAUUCUGAUGUAGAAAGUGAACCAGUUUUGAGGAAGCUGGUUAAGUUCAUUCACUCAGUUUAACUGAUACCAUCUCUGCAAUGUGCAUCUCUGCAGUGUGCAAGUAUUUAGUUGGAUAACCCUUAAAUAAUUGAAGGAUUAAAACCAGAAGCUCAGUUGGAAGCCAAAGGGAAUCAUAACAAGUAGGAGAGUUGAAGGUAUAUCAUUGUGCCUCUAUCUUCAGCAAAGAUAAAAGUGUAAAUCUCAUUAUUAUUAUUAUUAUUAUUAUUGUCACUAAUAUGAGUAAUGUGGAAGGAAAGAAAAACCAGGAAGGCAUUUCUCUCUAAUAUACUGUAAAAUCAUAAAAUAUAAGUAUUGCAAGUUUUUAAUAUUAUAAUUAUUGCCCAGUAUUUAAUAAUGGUUUUGAAAUUAAAUUGAAUUAAAUAACUCAAUUUGUUUCUUGAACCAAUCAAGAAGGCACUUAAUACAUAUUUGUUCAGGUGUGUGGUGUGCUCAGAUGUUUAAAUAAAAUACUUUUUUUUUCCCGUUUAGUAAAAUACAUAAAAGAUCACAUCAGUACACAGUGAUUUUUAAGGUAUAAAGACAACCGGAGAGGCUAACAAAAUAUGCUAAAUAGUUUUAUCUUGUUAACUUCUGUAUAACUACGUUUGAUUUUUUUCCCCAAGCCUACUAUCAUUUUAACUAUACUAACUGUACCGCAAGCUUGCAUGGCACUUCUCAAAAUUUGGGCUAUUAUUACCAACUUUCCGUUUUGUUGAAAUAACUGUGUACUUGCACAUUAGGAGUUUGCAAGAAUCCUUUUUUUCUGAUGUGGAUACUUAAAAUUACACUGCAAGAGAAUAAACAAGCUACUUUGUAAAUGUGAAAGCUUGGUUAGGAGGCAUUGUACUUAACUUGGACUGGGUGAGGAUAUAGCAAAUUUGCACCAAGUGCUUGUGCCUUGUUAGCAUUGUCUUAAAAUUGAUAUUUUAGCUUCUUUUAAAGGCAUGAAAUAGUCUUUAAAAAUCAUCUAAGUACUUACUAUGUAGAUAUUUUCUAGAGAUUAAGUUUUAUGUAUGCCUAAUUAUUUUUAGCAGUAUUAAUUGCAGUGUGUGUAAACACUAAAUUGUCUGAAGAAGCUGCUUUGAGCUAGUGAUCUAAGCUUCCUCUAAAAAAUUACAUGUCAGAAACUGAGUUUUUACUCUUCCAGUAGCAGCUGGUGAACCGAAGAACCUAUCCUGUUCUUUGUGCUGCAUGGGUCAAGUUUUCACUUAAAAAAAAAGAAAAACACUACAGCCUAAAUUUUAGCAGUGCUACCUCCUUUCUGUCAACGUGUUGAAUUCUUCUCUAGUUGUUCUUUGUCUUUGGGAAGUGACAGAGAACACAUUCAUUUUGUUUUGCUUUGUCAGUUUUGAUGCCUGAAUAUGUUGUGAAGGUUUUUUUUACUGACUGUAUAAAUUCCUUACAGUAGAAGUGUGUGCUUUGCCACCAUGUACCUUGUGUACCGUUCUUGUGUAAGUUACGGGGAUUUGUACCGUUGUCUUUUUAUGCAUGUCAUAAUUUGUGUUGAUGAAGCGAAACUGUUAUCUGCAGAAGUUUUAGUCUGUUCCAUUUUUAUAGCUAAGCCUAUGGCAAGUUCUGACUCAGGGCUUUUUAACAACUUACACACAUACACAAUAUCCUUCAGCACAUCUUGGAGAAUAUUAGAGAUGUAGUGACCAUACAGUGCCUUGAUAGAACUAUUAAGUGGGCAGCAGCCAUAGAGUCCUUAACAGAAUGCAAGUAACUUUUGAAUCUAGUUAAUGAGUUGAUAUUAAUGUAAUACCCCUGCCAUGGAUUUAUAAACUUGUAUAUACUUUCUGUAAAAGAAAAUCCACAAAUUUAGGUAUUGUUAAGCUUUCUGAAGGUUAUUUAAUGGUUGCACCAGUCUUGGGGGUCUGAAGGGCAUAGUAUUCAAAUUUACAGAAGCAGCAUUUGUGGCAAAGACAGAUAAUAAUGUUCCGUAUGUGACAUUUUUAGUGUGCAGGGAGAGUCAUUGUAUAAACAAAUACAUAAAAAUACCUGCUUUACUCUGGCCCAAGAAGUCUUUUAUACAAGAGAGAAAUGAUCAGCAACAAAUCUGUGUGUUUGCAUGCCAUUCCAUAGUUAAAAAAAAUAUUAAGUCUCAUUUUGAGCUUCUAAAAAAUAUUUUCUUUGUCCUAAGAGUUAGUGUCUUUAUGAAUGCAGACUGUUCAUAUUAGAAAACAGGUUUUACUGAAUCCGAGGAAGAUUUUUGCUUUUGUUAAAACUGACUUUGCAUUUUCAGUAAACAGUGGAGUUUGUUUAUUGGAGAAAUUUAAGAUUAUGUGAAUGUAGUGGGUUUCUGUAUGUAGAUAGCAUUAUAUCACUGCCUUCAUUAAAAUUGCCUAGUAAGGUCUAAGCUUUUCAGAGGAAAUGCUGAUGUACUGUAUGGUUAAUAAAACUUACUAUAUAAGAUGUAUACUGACUUUUUCAAAGCUGUCAUUUAAAAGUAUAAUUGGAUUGAAUUAAUACUGUUUUUUGCACACAAGUUGGUGACAAGGGAGCAGUGGAUCAUUUAACUUCCUCCUUUUUAGUUGUAACAAUGUUAGGUGUCACCACAGAACUGGAAAAUUGUAGGCGUGAACAAAUGUUUGGUAACUGUUAGUUGUUGACAUACAAUGUUUAAAAGUUCACCAGACUUUUCUUUUUUGAGGAAGUUUGGAUUGCAAAGUUCAAAAAACUCUCAUUCUUUAUCUUCUAUCCCAAAGAGUGAGUUUGUAGCAACAUCAGAAAUGCUACGUGCCUUUUAGUCACCCAGGUACUCAAAUAUUAAGCAGCAUAGUGGAAGUGUGAAGGGUGGAUGAUAUUGUAACAAAAAAAAAGGUUGAUUAUCUAUGACAUUUGUGCAAAUUUUUCUGUAAAUAUGCAGCUCAUGAUACUGU